AUGCGGUCCAAUUUCUCUCAUUUGCAGCGCCAAGGCAAAGCCUUGCUAGAAGCGUCUCUAUCUUUCCAUCGUGCCAUGCCAAGCAUAAAUCAUAUGGCACUGGUUGGAUUAGAGAAGGCUGGAAUCCUGAAGUUUGUUAUAAGCCAGAAUAUUGAUGCCCUCGAUCUAUGUUCCAGAAUAUCAAGAGAGAAACUUUCUGAACUUCAUGGGACUAUGUCCAUCCUGCGGAACGGAGGGGAUUUUGAAGUUGAGACUAUUGGACUGAAGGAUACCUCACGGAAUUGUUCAAAGGCAGGCUGCAGCUCAAAACUUAGGGACACAGUUCUUGAUUGGGAGGAUGCUUUGCCCAAAGUAGAUGGAUCCAGCAGAGAGACAUUGCAAAAUGGCUGA